AUGUUUGAUAUCACAAUGAGGAAAUUACAGAUCAAUAUGGUAUGCAGCUCCCUACCGAGCACGAGGAUUCUGUCAGACUUGCGAAUUGGUUGGUCAUGCUCAGGAUUCAAAACACUACAUAGCACCAAAGUUAUCUGGGAAAGCCUCUUCUUGAACAGCGAAGGCCUCUCACCCCAUCAGACCAAAAGAAAACAAGGAAAGAACACGCACGUCGCCCGGGAUUUGCCGGUACUUCUCGAAUACAAUAGACUAUUAAAGAAAACAACCCAUGUCAUUGGACUUGGAGACGAGACGGUGGUCAACGGCGUGGAGCAGGAAGCGGCGACCUCAACGGGCGCGCCUCGGUCGGCCCGACAAGCUUUCUUGAACUGCAAUGCCCCUCGCAAAUUCUGUCUAGCUUUCUUGGUGUUGCGCAUGUUUGCAAAUGGCAGUUCAAUAAAGCUGUGGGAAAUCACAGAGAAUGGUGGCCAAAGAUUGAGCCUUAAUAUAUCUAUUUCCAUUUUUCAGGUAAGUAUAAGAGCAACGUUAGUUGUGUGGCUUAAAACUUAAUGAAUGGGCUAAUUAGGUUAAUUAUUUCAUCACCUGCCUGGAAGAUGUGCUAAAGAUAGCCAAAAGGAUUUAUUUAAUUAAUGUGAU